AGCGCAGGCGGGCAGGGCCGCGCCCCCUCCCGGCAUUCCCCGCGCGGAGGGAGGCCUGCAGAGCCGGGCGCCAUGGCCGCCUACCUGACGCAUCAGCAGAAGGUGCUGCGGCUGUACAAGAAAUCCCUGCGGCACCUCGAGUCCUGGUGCAUCCAUCGGGACAAGUACCGCUACUACGCCUGCCUCCUGAGGGACCGCUUCGACAAGAACAAGGAUGUGAAGGACAUGGUGAAAGCCACCGAGCUGCUGAGGGCCGGCGAGGAGGAGUUCUGGGCCAACCAGCACCCACAGCCGUACAUCUUCGCCGACUCCCCCGGGGGCAUUGCGUACGAGCGAUACGAGAUGUACAAGCUUCCUGAAUGGUGCUUGGAUUUCUGGCACCCAUCUGAGAAGGCAAUGUACCCUGAUUACUUUGCCAAACGAGAGCAGUGGAAGAAGCUGCAGAGGGAAAGCUGGGAAAGAGAGGUUAAGCAGUUACAAGAAGAAACUCCAUCUGACGGUCCAAAAACUGAAGCUUUGCCUCCAGCUCGUAAGGAGGGGCAUCUACCCCCCAUGUGGUGGCAUCAUGUCACCCGACCUCGUGAGCAGCCCAUGUGAGAGCACCUUGGGUGUGGGUGGCAGCAGUCUGUGCUGCAGGCAGGUGGCACCUCAGAGACCUCUUGCUCCUCACAGUAAUAGAAUAAAGUCAAAUAAAGUAACAGAAAAGGUG